AUGAAUCAGCAACUGCCACAGAUCAAGUCCAUCUGGAUCGAUGAAGAUGAAGAGGCGGAGAAACUGUAUGGUUUACAAACCCAACAAUUCAUGGGAAGUGACAGCGACGAAGAGCUGAACAUCACAAUGGUAAAUAGUAAAAAACUGGCACUGGACAACAAGAAAAAAAUCGCUCUGCCUCCAUUAGCUUCCGCGACAAACUUGCAGCGGAACAGCAACGUCAAGAGUACCCACUACGACAUGUCGAGUGGCAGCUCGUCCCGGGGUAAGCCUAGCAAAAAAUCGCUUUUGAAGUUUUUCAAGGGAAACAGCAGCGAAUCCUCCGGGAAGAAGCAAAGGUCGAUAUCCGCCCCCUUCAAUUUCCAUCAUAUAUCCCAUGCGGGGGGGAAAGCAGAGGUAAUUAAUGACAUUCCAACUUUUAAAGACGCGAGAAAAAUGCAAGAGGCUCCCCAGGAACAGUCGCAAACAGAGGCAUCCACCAUUUCCAGGAAUUCGUCUCGUAAAAGCAAGGAAGUCAUAUCAUUGAGUAAAGCUUUUGUCACAGAGUCGCCAUAUUAUCCAACUUCCUCGACGUCAUCCGUAUAUUCAAGCAUGCACAGUAAUCACGACCGCAUCAUGUCUAUAUCGACAUCAGCCACAACAUGCAUGGAGAGGACACCAUCGUUUAGUACAAACAGACCUGCGUCUCCACUGAAUAAACCUUACUUCAUUCAAAAACACGACUCGUAUGACUCGACAGAACUUUCUGCUGACUUUCUGAAGCAGUACAGCUUCCCAACACUUCUGGAAGACGAACCUGUAGAAGAUUUCAGGAAGCACGACGAGGGAAAGGAGAAAAUUGAGGCUCUGAAAAUCAGAAAUACGGAUUCGGAGAAGUUCGAUAAACUUCUAGCCACUGUUGGAAAGGAUAUUCACGAACGUCCGCAAUCUAUAUCAAGCAAAACACAAAGUCCAGAAAAAGGGUCCAUAGAAAGAAGAUCGUUCAGUACGCCUGAACUGGAACAAUACCUGUUUGCUAACGGGUCAUCCAAAGAAAAGAUCACUGUUGAGGACAUUCUUAGAUACUAUAAUCCAUCAAACAGUGAACAUUCUUCGCCGUACAUCUAA